GGCAUCUACUUGACGAGACAAGAAGAUCAUUUUUGGCAUGGAAUCAAAGAUAUUUGACCAUUCUUUAUUAACGUGACAUUACUGGUGAAAUCUUUGGAAAAUGACAUUAAGAUCUUCCUACCGCUUGGUUUUCUUUUUGAAAACAAUGUUAAAACACCAGUGGGUUUAAAGAAGCUCAAGUACGAUUAUGUUUGGAGUUUGGCUCUUUGUGAUCAAGAAAGGUUGGAAACAUAUCAAAGUCGUAGAUAUCUUCUUUCCCUUGACAUUUUUUAGUACAGAUAUGUUUGUCAACAUUCCAAGAAUAAUUUGACUCGAAGAAAAAAAUAAACACUAAGCAUGUAUCUAACUUGGCAUAUCCAAAACAGUUAAUGUAAAAGCGGUUAAAGAUUAGUUUUUGUUUGACUUUUCACGUGAUAAUAGUAGCAAGCAUUCUCUAUAUAUACCUAAUGAUCGUGCUGUGGCUACACAUCUCACCAAACUAUCUUCUUCGUGGUUCUUUAUCAUCUUCUCCACACAUUUCUUUGCCUUUUGUUCAAAAACGACUAGUCUUAGAAAACAUAAAUUAGUAAUGGACGGUAAAGGAAAAGCGGGAUCAUCAUCAUCAUCUUCUUCUUCCUUCACUGCUCAGCUCUUUGGCCUCAAGGAACCUUCUUGCUCCUUCAGCUUCAAAUCCAUUUUCCCUCCUCCCUCCAAGGGGACAUCAGAAAACAUCCUAAGCUCCAAAAAUGGGCCAAUAGACUAUCGUAAGGAAUCUGCAACCUGCAAUCUAAGUUCAUCUCUUUACUACGGUGGUCAAGACAUUUACUCUGGAUCCACAAGCAACCAUACUUACUCUACCGUUAACAAGGCUCAGCCUAGAGGAGACGAUGACGCUAGUGGAAACAACUCGAUGGACGCAUCCAGAGGAAACUGGUGGAAAGGUUCUCUUUAUUAUUAGAAGAUCAGCUAGAAACAGAACGUUUUCCUUCAUAUCGUCCUUUGCUUGACUUGUUGAAAAAACUGUAUCAUUCAAUGAUGCUUUGUUACUUGCUAGUCCCUCUGUCUAAUGUUAAAUCAAAGAUAAGAUUUUUGUACUUCAAAAAGUUCAAAGUA